GAUGUUCCAUAAUUAGGACUUAAUUUCGUGGUUCUUUCUUAGUUCCUUAGUAUGGAAUUUCAAAACAGCGGAAGGUAUGAGGAACAUAUAUGCAAGCAAUUACAGUAUAUGCAAAUAUAACAGGAACUUUGGACCAAAAGAUUCACUUGAACCACAGGACAGCUAUAAAGGAAGUGAUGAAGGAGUGUAAGGCAUCAGACAGUGAAAAAAAAUGACACGCUGGGCGAAAAAUGUCCAUAAACACAAAUCAAUGAAUGCUGCAUCAUGGAGACAACUAAGUGCAGGCAUAGCAGGUAGACCGAACUCUUCAGGAAGCUUUUCGCAAGAUGAUGCAUCACACCCUGAUAGAAAAAGAGCUAACAAAAACAGAGAUGAUGUGAAUGGGUUCAUGGAAUAUAUGGAACACAAAAGGCAACCAUUACCUAAUGGACGACGAGGAAUGGCUGCAGAGGAGAAGGACGUAAGAGACGUACUAGCCAUUGCUCUAAAAAAAAACAAAAGAAGAGAAAAUCGGAGGAUAAAGAGACAGAAUGCUACAAAGAGCAACAUGGUGUGCUUUAACUGUAGGAAGCCUGGACAUGGAUUGGCUGACUGCCCAAAAGCUGAUGAUGAGGAAAUGGGUAGAGGGAUCUGCUUUCGCUGUGGCUCUACAGAACAUGACAUCCAGAGGUGCAGAGCUAAAAUAGACCCUGCUAUGGGUGAUUAUCCUUAUGCCAAAUGCUUCAUUUGUGGAAAGACUGGUCACCUGUCCAAAUCUUGCCCAGAUAAUCCAAAAGGCCUUUAUGCUGCAGGUGGCUGUUGUCGAAUUUGUGGCUCGGUAGAACACUUUCAGAAGGACUGCCCUGACCAUCAAACUGCAUCAAAAGCCAUCACAGUUGGUCGCCUGUCCAACAAAAUCAGUGCUGAUCAUGAGGACAUCAGUGUUCCCGUGACACAAGUGUCACUAAAGAGAGCCAAGGUUGUGGUGUACUAAGCACAGUCAGUCAAGUCUCUUUUGUUUUUGUUGUGAGUAGAUAUUUUAAGUAUAAUGUACUUACUAUCCACUUUAAUAAGAUACAUGUACCUCUGCACAUUCAUGAAGUUAUCUAGUCAGCCAAUUGUGUAGUGGGAGCAGCAGUGUUGAAUGUAAUAGAAAAUUAGGAGCUGAGCAGUUUCUGAAUUACACAAAUCAUUCUAAUAUUUGUUGUUUACAUUAACUGACACUCUUGAUUUGUAUCUGCAUGAUGUAAUGCACUGCACAGCUAUUAUGUAAUUGGCAGUUUGGAUCAUUGAAUGCAUGCUCGAGUGAAAAGGUCUUACUAUUAAAGUGGUCAUGGACUUUGACACAUUAUAGAUAUUAAUGCCCAUAAAUCUCAUCUCUCUCCCUCUUCCACCCCCACACUCUCCACAGCUGUGCCUUUUCUUUCACUCACCCAUUGUUCACUUCUAAAGCUAAAGUGUCAGCUUGUUAAAGCUUCAUUAAAUCUAUGAUCCUUUGUAUAAUUCCUGGACCUAUGAAUGAUUCAGAACAAUUUAAUAAAACAUCGGUCUCAAAAUAAGUAAGCAUU